GGCUCCCUGAUUGGUGUAGCUGCUGCGUGAGGCCGUAUUGCGUGAUGACGUUUUACGUAGUGGAAAUUGAAGCUGUGGCGGGUUCUAAUAGUAAUGUGUAUGGGAUAUGGAGUUUCCUGUAGCAGCGUUGUCGCCUGUAUAUGAAAAUGUUCUUGCAGACGUUACUGCAUAUGUUGAGGUUUGGUCAUCCAGCAGAAGAGAAAAUUAUUCCAAAACAUUUUCACAGCAGCUGCUUAAUUUAGGAGCAAAGGUUUCGAAAACGUUUAAUAAACAUGUUACUCAUGUUAUUUUUAAAGAUGGCCAUCAGGGUACAUGGGACAAGGCUGUCAAGGCUGGUGUAAAGCUAGUGUCUGUUCUUUGGGUGGAAAAAUGCAGAGAGGCUGCGGCACAUAUUGAUGAAUCUGGAUUUCCAGCAAUCAACACUAAUGAUGGAUUGCCACAGAUUGUUAAAAAGAAACACAAGUGUAUGCAACCCAAGGAUUUUGUUGAGAAAACACCAGAAAAUGAUAGACGAAUGCAAAGAAAAUUUGAUGAAAUGUCUAAAGCGCUAAAAGUGCAAAAAGCUGCUGUAGAUGAUCCUGUUUUAUUAUUUGAUGAAUAUGGAACAUUAAUGUACAGCCCAAAGGCUGUGGCUGCUGAUCGUUGCAAUGCAAUGGAAAAAAGAAUAAAAGAAAUGAAAAAUAAGAGGGAGAAUCUGUCUCCUACAGCUUCCCAAAUAUCGCAGCCAUUCGAUUUUCUUCCAAUUAAGCCAUCAAUUGGAUAUAGUCCUUCUGCUUUGAACUCUCCAAUUGACAAUGGCUCUGCUGAUCUUGACACUAGCUAUAAUGAACUUUGGGGCAGUCUAGAAAAGAAAGAGACCAUUUCUAAUGGCUGGAAAAACAAAGCAACAAGUAAAAAAACUGUGAUAGGUGCUACAGAACUAGAAGAUCCAAACUGCCAAAUAAAUUCUAUCAAUUCUUCCAUUAAUUUGACUCCUCCGCAAUCUAAAGACAAAAAGAAUAAUCACGCAAUCCCAUCUUUUCAAAAGAAAACCAGAAAGUCACUUGCAAAAUCUAAAAAUGUUGAGAAUCCAGGUGAAUCUGUCAUGAAUUGUGGUACACCAAGUGCAGUGUAUUCCAGUGUGGAUUAUGCAGCCCUGACAAACAAAUUUACUGUGAAGUGUGAAGAAAAUGUAAGGACUAGGAAAGCAAGAUCAUCCAGUUUGAAAUCCAAAACUCCUGCAUCCAACAAAAAGACUGUGGUGCCUGAGAUACCCAAGUUUAGUGAUGUAACAACUGCCGGUGAUUCGGAGGGAACAUGUUCUAGUUUUGAAGACUUUUUUUCAGUAGAUAUGAAAAGCCAGAAAAGACCAUUUACUAGAUUUUCCUUGGGAACCCUUCCUCCAAAGUCACCAACCUCACCUUUACUCGUCAUAAACAAAAAGGGUUCAUCUCGUAAAAGAAGAAGGUCUGAACAAAAUCUUGGCGAGCUGAAUUCUUCUAGUGGUAAAAGAAGAAGAAAGUCAAUAAGUAAAAAAGAUAUUCUGGUAGAUUCAGAGGCAGCAGAAUUUGAGUCUUUACAUGAUGCUAAGACAAUGCCCACUGUGGGCGACUGUAUUGGAAGUAAUCCUAUGGAUGCUAGCAAAAAUAAAACUGUUAGGUCUGAUCAAGUAAACAAUAAUGGAACUACUUCAAUCAGUUUGUCAACUUCUACAACAAAUGUAAAUAUCAAAGAUAAAUUAAUAAUGUCUUCAGAAAUAACCCAAAAGGAAGAUACAUGUCUGGUUAAAGGUAUGGAAAAAAUAGCUGAAUUGAUGGCAUGCAAACAAUCACCGAAUCAAACUGUGAUGAAAAACUGCACAGGGUGCGAAAAGCAAGAAGAAGAGCCAAAACGUUUUAAGAAAUAUGCCGAAAGUAAAUACCCAGCUAGUAAUGGUCUUUAGAAAUUUCUUAACGAACAGAGAAAUAAAUGCAAUGACAAUGAGGAAUUGAAGAAAAAAGAGAAAAUCAGAAAGAUUUCAGGAUCCUUGGUUAUGACAAGUAUGUGCUCAGAGAAGCAGAAUACUGUAAUACAGGUUGUCAAAAAGUUUGGAGGCUUUGUGUUUUCAGACCAUGUGUGUGAAACUACCACUCAUGUAAUAGCAGGGAGUCCAAGACGAACUUUAAAUAUAAUCCUAGGAAUAGCUAGAGGUUGCUGGAUAAUUUCCUAUGACUGGGUGCUGUGGUCUUUGGAGUGUGGACACUGGAUUUCUGAAGAACCUUAUGAACUUUCAGAUCAUUUCCCAGGUGCUCCUAUUGGCAGAUUACAACGCCACCUAUCAGCAGGAGAAUAUCAGCAGGACUUGCUCUCCAGCCUUCCCGCAGUGUUUAUCUCCCCAAGCAGCCAGCCACCUUGUGACAAGCUCUCUGAAGUCGUGCAGCUGUGCGGAGGCAAAGUGUGCAAGGCACUACGGCAAGCCAAGAUCUGCAUCGGAAAGUUCAAUGGGAAAAGAGCUCCUGAUGUUCAGAAUGUCUCUGAAAAAUGGUUACUUGAUUCUAUCACACAGCACAGGCUGCAUCCUUUAGAAAAUUACCUCUUGGAUCAGUGAGAUACAAGGAAAAAGUAUUCCCAUAUCAACUCAACUAUCAAAGCAAAGCUGUGAAGGAAUAUAUGCUGCUACGAAAAUGAAAUCUGUUUUUUAUACUUUUAAUAUUUAUCCUCUUUCAUAGGUGUAUAAAAAAAACCUGUUGGUUGGCAAUAUGAUUUGUUAAUAAAAUGCAUUCAACAGG